AUGCACGAGAACCCAGCCCGGAUGUUGAAUUUCGUGGUGUGCUCCCAGUCAUUCCAGGUCAUGCUCGACAGGGUGAGCGCGGAACAGAUCGACCUUUGGGAUUACUACGGAGUUUGGCUACACAUCAAGGGCGACGCGGAGGAGGCUUUCGAGUUCACGGAGGAGGAGCGCGGCGCCCUCUGGCAGGUCAAAUACAAAAUCGCGAAGGAGCAGAACAGGAGGGUGUGGAGGUCGCCCCCAGACUACGUCAAGGCAGCGGCGACCAAUCAGUUCGACUGCAGUGGUGCGGGCGCCAUGGGCGCCCCAUGCGGCAGUUGGGCGCAUGCGGUGGAGCAGUUUUACGUCGCGGCCCUCGUGCCAAUCGUCAGCUCGUUUGCCGACGAGGUAGUCGAGUGGGCGCCGCGGACAAUCUACGCUGCGACGGUGUUGUGGGGCCUCGCCGUGUUCUGCGACACGCCGGAGCCUCUGCUCAUCCUGGGCGAAAGGCUCGCGAGGGAGGGGGCGGCGCGCGCGGAACUGGCGAUGCCUGACAGGUCGCUCUGCGCAGGGGCGAGAGGGGGGAUCGGCUCCGAGAGGGUGGUGCCGUGCGCGGCGCUAGAGGAGGCGAGCGGCAAGUUCAGGUGCGCGCGCGCGCGGGUGGGCGACGUCACAGCGGGCCUAAUGGGAUCCAUGGCGGCGGUGAUCAAGCCGCUGACAGGUGCUUGGGCGUGCUUUGCACCGGGCGGCAAGAUGGCGCAGCUGGUCCUGCCCACAGCGUCGGCAGUCAUCGGCGACGACGAGGCGGCGGUGCAGGAGAUUGCGCUCGAGCUGCGAAGUCGCGACAUCGCGGUGAAGUUUAAGGGGCGGGCGGCCGACCUUGGGAUCGAUCGGAGCAGCGUCGGCGGAUGGAAGGGCAAGCGCGCCGUGCUGGUGGCUCGCGCUAGCCGUCAAGUGGAGAGGGCCGCCGGGGUGCUGUGGGGCGGCCGUGGGCGUGGUGGAGAGGAGUCGCGGGCGCCGCGAGGGGCGAUGGCAUGCGCUCUGCUCGACCGGGGCGCAGGCCUGGGGCGCGGGGCGGGCCCGCAGUCGUCGUGGGCGGUGAUGCGCGAGCUCAGGGGCAAGGGUCAGCGCGAGACCGCAGGCGCGCUGUGGGCCAUCCUGUCAGGGGCGGCGUGGCCAAGGAAGCGGGCCUCGGACCUGGGCGCCGAGGUCGCAGGCUGGGUCGUGCUGGGGUCCGCGCGCGUGGAGCCCAUGUUCGUGGCUGGUGGGAGAGGCGGGCUCACGUGGUGGAGGCAGAGCGUCCACCGCGGCGAGCUCAUGGCCUUGCAGGAGCUGCUCAUCUACGCGACGGGUUUCUGGCGGACCGGGUGCAUUGCGGACUCGAGGUGCGCGGUGCGAGGCGUGGCCGAGGUUGGAGCGGGCAGGGCGCUUCAGACGCAGUGGGACCUGUGGGAGAUAGUCAACUCGGGCACUUGCGUGUUCAAUUCGGUUGGCAACGAAUUAGCGGACAGGUGCGCGGAGGACCUCGCGGGGCAGGUGCAGGCGUCGGCGGCGCAGGCCCGUGCCGUGAGGUGGUUAGAGGGCAUCGCGGAACACAUCGGGAAGAGGGCGAACGCCGCGGAGUGGUUGGAGGGCGACUGCGUGGAAGCAAUGUCUUCGAUUGCGUCGCCACCGGGGGCGCUGCAGGCGCCGCGAACCCGCGUCGGCAACCAGCCUGCGCACCUGGCGCACAAGACGGAAUUCGACAGGACCUUGGAGGUGCAUUGUGCCGCGAAGUGCGGGGCGAUCGCAAAAGAGACGGUGAAGGGCCUGGCCAAGCCGUGCGUGGCGCCGAUCAAGCAGGCUGGCAUGCAUAACCUGGCGCGGACAGAGAGCGGCCUCAUGUUCGGGGGUGUCGCGAGCAUGGAGCGGGCGACCAGCUCGAGGGGUGAGCCGCAGGUGGCGGUUUCCGGCGGGGACCAGCACACGUGGUACAGCCUGAGGGCGGUGGACGAGCCCGAGGGCCGCGCCUGGGACCUGGAGAUGAUGGUGCGGAAGACCGGCUUCGAGCAGUGCAUCAUCUACCCGUCGCCGCUGGAGCAACCGCACUCCUCGGAGGACCCCAUCCCGUCGGCCUGCUCGUCCUCCUCGGCCAUCUCCAAGUCCUGCAGGAUCCGGUACAGGGCGCGCGGCGCAGAUGGCGAGGUCGAGGCCGACGUCCAGGAGCUGACGAGCGAGAUACG